UCCAGUCAAACCAUUCCAGCCAUUCCUAGUGUCCAGGAUCCUGAGCGGUGUAUCUGUCAAUCAGGUUUAGGGAUGCACCGCUGCCCCUGCUAAGGAUGGAGGCGGGGCUGCAGGGACAGGGCCACCAGCUACUGUCAGAUCCACGCCACUCACUCGCGACCUCUCCAGCGCCGCACUCUGUCAGCCUCGACUCAAGUGCGUUUGGAUUAGUGAUCGACGCUCGGACUGAUUUCCAGACCUCAGCAGGCACUAGUGGGGGUGAAGGAACAGACACAUCACCCCAGCAAUCCUUCAGACUCACCCCGAUACCCCAGGAGACUCAGACACCCACCUCCUCCACCACUGGCCCUGCACCACACACCAACACCGCCUCCUUGCCGCCCAGCCCCUCAUUGCACACCAGGAAGUUCCUCUACAGACUGAUAGACACGCAUCUCGGUGCCAGUGAUGGGAGCUUAGUUAGUGGUGGCUACGGUGGUGGUGGUGGUGGUGGUGGGCGACACUGUUUAGCCCUGGCUGGAGUGCAUCGUUUUGGCAGUCGCCUCCCGUGUGCUGGUUCCCCACACGACUUAGCAUCCUGCCCCGCCCCACCUCCUCCCCUUCAGCCAACGCUCCCUCCCCAUAGCCAGAGGGGAGCAGCACAAGGCACCACUACUAAGGAGGGGGAGGAGGAAGAAGGUGCCGGCAGUGUUACCAGACAGAGUGAUGCCCUCAGAACCCUGACAGAGACCUCCACAUCCCUGGCACUCACUGAGACACUUAUUGGUCCUGUCAAGCUGCCCCACAUUCCCCCGGCGGUGCUGAGUGAGGUGCUGAGUGGCAUGGAGCGCCGGGCAGGACACGGCACCCCGCCCCCCACCCCUGGCACCCACAGGCCCACACGGGGCACACGUGGGGAGAGGGACAAGGUGGCAUCACACUCCCUGGAUCCGAGGCACACAGGGUGGACUAAUGGUGCAGCAACAGCAGCGGCAGGACUCAGUGUGGUGGAGUGUGGCAGUAAGAGCAGCAGUGUGGUGGGUGAUGCCAGGGACAGGGAGGAUGAAGGGAGAGGUGGGGGAGUGGAGCAUCGUGUGGUGAUGGUGGGCGGCCCACAUGGGGAAGAGAUGCGUGAGCUGCACCGGUACCCUGCGACAGCCAUCACCACCGUGGUGGAGCGCAAGUCCUACCUGGGCCUGGAGGGGACGGCCACCAAGGAGCCCCGGUCCCGGCGGCGGCGCCAGCGGCCUCGCCGCCGUGCUGACUCCCAGACCUCCAUGGCCAGCGAGUCAUCCACCUGCGCCUCGGGAUCCAGCAUGGCCUCCCUGCUGGGCCACUCAGCGGCCCCCAGCAAGACCUCCUCUCGGGGCAGCGGCGGCAGUGACGCUCCUGGCCCUCCCAGGCCGCUGCUGUCCUCGGCCGUGCGCAGGGCCCGGCUUGCCCUGGAGGGCCAGGACCACCACACAAUCUCCCCCUGCCCCUCAGACACGUCCUCUUCCAACCUGUCCACACUGAGCGACCUGAGUGGCUACCAGGAGGAGUACCUCACCCUGCGCCGCCUGGUGUCUGACGCCACCUCCCCCGAGGACCGACACCACCACCUGGCCCGCCUGGCUGCCACCGCCGCUGCUCUCCCCACACACAUGGGGCCCAACGUGGAGGAGCUGCAACGGGCACUGCAGGAUGCAGUGGCACAGCGGGAGGACCUGGAGAUAUCGGUGCACCGGCUGUCGGUGCAGGUGCACAACGCUGUGAGGGAGAAGGACCUCCUGCAGCAGCAGCUGGAGUUGGUGCAGACCCAGGUGACAGACACCGGCCAGCGCCAGUACUUUGAAGCUCAGCGCCAGCGUGCCGCCCUGGAGGGCCGGCUGGAGACUGUGCAGCAGGAGUUGGAGGCCGCCCUGCAGCAGCGCACCCAGAUGCAAGCCAGGCUGUCAGCUGCCCUGGCAGAGGUAAGGGAGAUGCAGGCUGCUACUGCACAGGCUGCUGAGGCGCAGGCCUUGGCCAUGGCCAGGAUGGAGAAGUUUGAAGUGGCUAAUCGGUGCCUGGAGGUGGAGGUGAAGGAGGCCAGGGAGGGGUUGGACCAUGCUGAGAGUGAGUUGGCCAAGGCCAGACAACAGGCUGGAGACUUGCAGGCCAAGUCUGAGGGUCAAGUGCUGGCUCUGGAGCAGGUGAGGGAGGCUGAGGCUGCUCUGAGGAAGGAGGCGCAGGAGAUGAGGACUCGCCUAACCCAGCUUGAGUCUCAGCAGGCAGCCAUGGGAAAGGCACAGGGCCAGGCAGAGGCAGCUGUUGCCAAGGCCGCAGCAGAAGCCAAGGCAGCCCAGGCGGAGGCCGCGCGGCAGCAGGAGCAGCUACAGCAUGCUGAGAAGGCCCGCACUGCCUUGCAGCGGGAGGCCCUGGAGGCAAGGUCGGCCCUGGCCAGGAUGGAGGCGGAGAAGGAGGCAUUGGAUGCCAAGGUGGAGAGUCUGGCAGGGGAGGUGGAGGAGGGCAAGGCCAGGGCAGUGCGGGACAAGAGUUUACUGGUGAGUCACCUGGAGGCUCUGCAGGCUGACAUGGCUGAGAGGGAAGCCCUGCUGGCCAGGCUGCAGGAGGACCACUCUGCCGGCAGCCAGCUGGCCCAGGAGCGGCAGCAGCGCCUGGAGGAGGACCGCCAGCGCCUGCAGGGCCUACGCCUGGACUUGGCAGAGGCAGAGCGCCGGCUGGCUGAUGCCAGGGAGGACCUGCAGCAGCGGGCAGCCCUGCUAGCACGCCGUGAGGCACAACUGAAGGAGGCCAAGGCAGCAGCUGCAGUGGGCCAGGAGCAGCUGCGGGAGCGUGAGGGACGCAUCACGGGCCUGGAGCAGCGCCUGCAGGAGCUUGGCACCACAGCCGCGGUGCUGAGAGAGGAGCGCGCUGCAGCAGAGGCUUCACUGGCUGCCCUGCAGGAGGAGAAGAGCAGGCUGGUGGCAGCCCUGGAGGUGGCUGGGCAGGAGAAGGCAGAGGUGGAUGCGGCCAUCCUGAAGGUGCGAGAGGACAUGAGUGGUCUCACCUCCUCUGUGUACCGCAUGCGCCACGACCUGGCUGCCAAGGACCGCCGCAUGCACCAGAUGGCUGCGGAGGCAGAGGAGGCCGCCAGGACCAGGGCUGCCCUGGAGGAGCGGCUGGCGGCCAUGACAGAUGAGUCACACCACCAGGAGGAGAAGGCAGAGCUGAGGAAGAGAGUGGAGGGGCUGAGAGAGGAGGUGAGGGUGGCAGGAGAGGCAAGGGCUGGGCUGGAGGCUGAGUUAGGGGUGGCAAGGGCUGCUGGCAAGGCCAUGGAGGCGGAGAAGAGAGCCCUGGCAGAGACAUGUCGCCUGCAGGAGGAGCAGAUUCAGGGCCUGGAGGGCGGCGCCGAGAGCUGCCGGGAGGUGGUGCUGAAGAAGGAGGAGGAGCUGCACCGCAUCAGGGAGCAGCACGCUGCUCUGGAAGGGGAGUUUGUGGCCCUCAGGAGGAACUGGGAAGCCCUUAAGGGGGAGAACCUGUCACUGCGGCAGGAGGCAGAAGCCUGUGCGGAGCAUGAGGCAGCACAGCGCAGGGAGCAGAGCGACCUCAAGGACAGCAUACAGAAGGAACGCAAGCUGAAGCAGAGCUUGGAGCACAAGGUGGAGGCGCUGGUGAGGGAGCACCGGGUGGAGCGAGAGGCGGCGGAGAAGACUCGCACAGAGAUGGUGGAGCGCCUGGAGGCGGCAGAACAGCAGGCCAGGCAGGGCAGGGAGGAGGCAGACAGGAAGGCCCAGUCCCUGCAGCAGGAACUGGACACUGCAGUGAGAGACAAGGCAGACCUGCAGCUGACCCUGGAUGACCUCGGGAGAAGCAGUGAAGCCAGCAGGGUGAGGCUUGAGGAGCAGACACUGGCCACCCACACCCUGCAGGCCAAGGUGGAGAUGCUGGAGAGGGCCCGGGAAGGUCUGGAGGCAUCGCUGCAGGACAAGGCAGCAGAGUUGUCCCGGCUGGAGGGUCAGCAGAGGGAGCGGGAGGCUGGUGCUGCCAGGCUGGCCGAGGAGAAGGAGCGUCUGGUGAGUCAGGUGAAGGCCGUGCUGGCGGAGAACACCCUGCUCAAGAAGAUGCAGAAGGCGGCCGACUCGCUGGUGUCUGAGGCCGUCAACAACAACAACAACAUCAACAACAGUAUUAACACUAGUGGGAAGAAGAUACCCAAGACUCCAGAGAUGCUACAGAAGGAGGUGUCCACUCUGACGGCCAGGCUGGAGGAGGCCGGCCGGCAGAGGGACGCCAUGCAGGAGGCCCUCAAGAGUGCCAGGAAGGAGAGCAUCCUGAUGAGAGCCAAAGGGAAGGAGCUGGAGACACUCAGGAGAAGAUGUGCCCAGCUGGAAUCCACCGUCAACCAACAAAGGAAAUCUGAGGUGCUGGCGGCCAAGUGUGCAGAGUUGGAGGCUAGUGUGGAGGCCAGGCAGAAGGAGUGUGCCUCUCUCACUGCCACACUGAAAGCCAAGGAAGCCAGUCUUGACCAGGAGCUGAAGAAAAACUCAUCCCUCACCAAUGCCCUGAAGGAGAAGGACGCAAGCCUCACCCUCCUUCAGAGCCGAGGGCAGAAGGAGGUGGAGCUACAGACCAGGAUAGCCAGUUUUGAAAGGGCACUGCAGGAGGCUCAGGACACCAACACAGCCCUCAAGGAACAACUCAGGACCUCAGAGAAUGAAAGGAAGUUGUGGGUUGCUAAGUAUGAGGGCUUGAGGGACAGCAUACCAGAGAGAGACAUCAGCACACAGCCAGGCAUUCAGUUGUUGCCUCACCAUCAGCACCAGGCCUUCAGCACCACACAGGAGGCUCGACAGUACUCCAGUGCUGGUGUAGCCUACCCUGCAACUACCCAGCACUCCAUGACACAUCCCAGCACCACUCAGGAGGCUGCAAUUUCUCCCAGGAUUACUCAGGAACAAGUAGUAACUGGUCCCACUGCAAAGCAACCAGUCCUUCCCAGCAGUCAGUCACACAGUAGAAGCCUAGAGCCUCAAACCUACACCGGCACCAACCAGGAGCCUAGAGAACAGACCACAAGUACCCACCAGCCUCACACAAGCACACAGAACUCAUACCCAAGCACUGCGCAGCCUCUUUACCCCAGCAGCGGCCCACACACUCCCAACACUGCUGACAUAAUCUCCACAAAUGGCAACAGCAAAGUGGCAGCACCCUCAGGCAUCAUCUCCUUACCACACAGCACACCACAGCCGACCAGUACAUGGCAGGCGAACCAGUGGAGUGAGGUGCCACAGAGCUCUCUCCUGCAGGCAAGAGAGGAGGGUGAUGGAAUAGAGGCAGUGACAGAGGACCAGAAUUUACAGAGCCUUGAAAUAUCGUCAGCCUCCUCGUCACACAGCAGAGUAGAGGAGGAGGAGAGACCAGAGGAGAGACCGGUGGCUGAGGAGAGUCUGGACGCUAGGAAAGAAGUGCAGUGCCUCCAAAAACUGAGUAACUUGGAGAGUUUGGUGAACACGAGAGAACGAGAACUGCAGGAGGAAAAGGAGAAGGCAGGGACGGCGUCGAACGAAUUCCGCGAGAAGCAGAGGCGUUACGAAUCGAACGUGCGACUGCUCACCAGGAAACUGAAGGAGCACAUGAAGGGGAGGAAGGCGGCGGAGAAGGAGGUGCAGAGCCAGGCCGAGGAGCAGCAGAGAGCAGUGAACGACGAACGGCAGAAGUAUGAUACAUUGCGAACCAGGUGCCUGGAGUUGGAGGGAGCGAAGGAGGCAGUGGAGGGGCAGGUUGGAGUGCUGCAGGGGGAGCUGGGGGAGGUGAGGGGGGCACUGGCACGGUCCCAGCAGGAGUGCCACGCCCACCACACGUCCAUCCUGCACCUACAGAAGGAGGUCGGCCGGCUGCAAGAAAUCUGCAAGGCGGCGGAGGGCUUGCGGUCUGUGGUGUCCGGCCUGGAGGCAAAGCUGGAGGAGAAGGAGAAGCUUUCCUCAACGCUGGAGAGAGACCUCGGGGCAGCCAGAGAGGAGGCCAAGGAGAGAAGCGAGCGGUGUGCCUCCCUCUCUUCCGCCCUGGACCAGCUGAGGGGGGAGAAGGAGAGGCUGGAGAGAGAGCUGAAGGAGGCCUCUGCAAAACUGGAUAAAGCACAACAGGACUUCAAGGCACAACUGGAGGACAACAAGAGACUGGAGGGUGACACGACUCGACUGACAGCGUCCAAAGAUGACCUGGCACACCGUUUGAGUGAAGCCAGCGGGAAGUGUGACCAGCUGGCCCUCGAGGUGAGCCGGCUGGAGGAGGAGAGGCAGGCCGAGGCGUGCCAGCUGACAGGAGUGAAGGGGGAGCUGCUGGAGGCUCAGAAGAAGGUGUCUGGCCUGGAGCAUCAGAUUAAGUUGCUUGGCGGGGAGCUUGAGGUGAGCCAGGAGGAGGCGAGACAGGCCAGGGAGCAUCAGGUGGCCAGGGAGAAGAGCCAGGCGGAGAGGGUGACUGCUCUCGAGGGGCGUCUUGGUGCAGCACAACAGGAGACAGAGUCCCUGGCCACACAGUUGAGCCAGGCCAAGGGGGAGAGGGUGAGCUACCAGACCCAGGCUACGCAGCUCAGGACGGCCCUUCACUCGGCCCUGGAGCAGCUCAAGAGCCACGAGUCUGAGAGAGAGGCGCGGGAGGCCCAGGCGCUCACUUUUACCUCAGAGGUGGAGGUGAUCCCGUCCCCACGCCCGCUGGACAUUGCCGGCCUCACACAGCUCAUUGAGAAGACCUGCAUUGCCCCCACACCCACCCCACCGCCCCUCACCAGCCUGGAGUCCUGCCUCUCGUCCCUGAAGGCAGAGGUGAAGGUGCUACAGUCUCGCCUCCAGUCUUCCAGAGUUGGGGAGGAGGACAUGGAAGGAUUGGCAGGCGAAGACCGAGGGAUGAGUGAGGCAGUGACAGCAACACCCUUGACCACAGUGAUGCAGGAGAGCACCAGCAGCAGCAAAGCAAGAACAUGAGGGAGGUUUGCUGACGACUCACAAUACUAGUAACACAUUUGCUCAGUGGUCAGUGUGGUGUUGGAAGGCUUGUGUUAUUCACCCAGCCUGGCACUCCUUCCCUGUCAUUCCUUUUGUGCUUCUUUCUAGCAUUCAAGAACUAAAGAAGAGCCUUGUUUUGUCUUCUCUCAGGUGGUAGAACUGUUUGGGACAUGCAGAUGGUAGUGAGGAAAGCUGCUAAGGGAUCAAGGAGGAGGUGCUCUUUCACUUGCCACUUUCUUUGCUCAUUGUAAUCCUGAUGCUUCCUUCUGCAGGAGAUUGUAUUAUGUUCACUGCAAGAGUCAGGACUAGGGAAGGUUUGAGGCCAUAUUGGCAAUGAUCACCUGGAAGAUAUGUAAGACUUCCAGAUGACCUAAGGCUUGAUAUGAAAGAUAAUUAAGAUUUCUCAAGAACCUCGGAUGUCUUGAGUAAUGAGAUAGAAUAUAAUUAAAGUUUCUACACACCUGAGAAGACUUAAGUAAUCAGCUGGAAAGUCAAAAAAAGUUUCCAGGAUAAAAACUUGACUGACCAGCUGGAAGAUUAAUAAAAACUUCCUGAGGACUUAAUGAAGACUUAAGUGAUCAUUAUUAUUGAAUGGAGUCACGGAGUCGCCAUAAAAUAUUCCAUUUACCGUGUGAUUUGCGGUAAAGACUCGGUAAGCAGACAAGACAAGGAGGACUUCCAAAGUGCUCUGAUUACAGACUGACUGACUUCCGACCACAACUCAGCAUGGGAGGAGCUUGUGAUGCUUGAGGUCAGCGAUUGCGGGUAAAUGUCGUGCAAAAUAGGCUUUAUUAAUCACCUACGUUAGCCUUUGGGAAGCCAUGAGAUUCCAGAUAUUUUGACGAUUUUAUUAAGUGAUUUUGUUGACGUGUUCUUUACCGUUACCUAUGAUUUGUUUACCCCUCCAGAUAAUGUACAAUUUGAGAAGCUGGAGAGAGUGUUGGUGUGUCAGAGGACUCGGCCAGGUGCAGGGAGGCUGUGUCUGUAGAUCUGAGUGAUGACGGGCAGCUUGUCACGAGUGGUUGUAGGAUUCCCUGGUGUUGUGUGAGGUCACUCUUUGCUUACUUGGAGUCUGGCCUUACUUUGGGUUUUCUAAGAGUGGUGUAGCUUCUGUGGAGUUCCUAAGAGUUUAAUAUCACUGGGGUUUUCAAGAGUAUAGCCUCACAAGUUUUCAAGAGUUUAUCCUCACUAUGGAUUCUCUAAGGGUUUAAUACCACUGGGGUUUACAAAGGUGUGGCUUCACUUACAGGUUUCCAAGGAUGUAGAUUGAUGUUCUGGUUUCUGAGGGUGCACACUAUUUCAAGCCACAUUUGUUCUUGGUUGCUAUGUUUCUUUUGGUAAUUGUACAUUUAGUGCCGUCCCAUAAAUCCUGCUGCUUUUUAGUCUUAUAGAUGUGAUAAUUGUAAUGAUUUGGUGUUGAUCCUUGUGUUCCUAAGGUCUGCAUUCUCAAACAUUUUGGUGUGCUGUCUCUGCUGUGUUCAUCAGGCUGCACUGCAAGUUGUGUGUCCUCAGAGUGGUUUACAUGAUUCUAGUGAUUCUUUUUCUUUAACAGGCUUUAAUGGAAGUUAUUGAGGCUUGUAAGGAUGAUUUUUUAUGAUUCUGGUGAUAGUUUAACAAGGACUUUACAUUUUAAGUGGUGGUCUGUUAUUUCAUCAGUGUGCUCACUGCGAUAUCGCAUUUUUGAUCCUCCCAACCUUAGAUUUUUGUAUAGGACAAUGAAUUUUUUUACACAAUGUGCACGGUGGUGUGAUGCAUCAGUGACAGAAAUUUCAUCGAAAUCCAUUGAUAACUUUUUACACCACAGACAAUUUACUGGCGAUUUUGAGAUAUUUUUGUUAUUAUGCAAUGGUUUCAAAACUAUGAAGAGAAUAAUGAUUUCCUUUGGUGUGCUGAUACUAGACAUCCAGAUGUAAAUAACUGUUUACUCGUAAUUGUAAGUGAAAAGGAAAAAAUGUCAGCCUCACACCAAAAUAUGAAAAAAAUAAAUAUCCAUAAAAUCAAAGUUAAAAAAUUUGUCAAAAAUAUAUUUCACAGUGCUUAAGUAUGUGGCUAUACACCAGUUUUUAGAUACCAGUGUCACGAUAAUUUCCCAACAAAAAGUAUCUAAAUUGGUCAAUUACACAAGAAGUUAUGAGUACUUUUGUGCGAAGAAAACUGCAUUUUUAUGUUUAAAUGUUCAUUACUCCAUAAAAGUGCCACCAAGUAGUAUCAAAUGCACAUAACUACUUACAUAAUCCUUUCACCAUGUCUGGGAAGUGCACAUUGUCAUUGUCAUUGUCCUUACGCCACCUUUUCAAGAUCUUCUCACGAUUUCUUUUACUUGAAGCUUUCCUCUUUGCACUCACACGAGGCAUGGUUCACUCCUGGAGUAGUGAAACACCACAAAAGUAGGCAAAAUAUGAUAUAUAUAUCGAGGAUAGUAACGCAGAUGCAUGCUCCAAGUGAUAUCGAUCGCACUGAUGCUCUCCCCCCUCCCCCCGCUCCCUUCCCUCCUGGAGGGCUGUGGUGCCGGUAACUAUAGCCUAGACUGUACAGCAAUAUUGUUUAUUGUUGUUUAUUGUUUUGUUUUGUUUUCUAGGCUCUAUUCCACCAGUAAAUGGUGCUCUACAGGGCCUCAUACAAAAUUAUAUAUACAUAGUUGUCCUAAAUACAUACAAAUGAAAAUAAAAAUAUAUAUACUAAUAAAUAGAACAUAUCAGAACAUAAAAUCGUAAAAACAGCAAAAGAAACAACGAAAAUACAAGGAACACAAAACAUGAGUGUGAAGGGGGCGUGGCAGCAUCGCGGGGCUUUAUUUAUUUAUUAUUAUUAUUUAUUUAUUUUUUAAGAUGCACCUUUCCAAGAAAGGCAUGGGCCUUUUCUGCUGACACAGUGGCCCAUAACGGGGCUUUAAACUCCUGGCCCUUUAAAUGCUUAGUAAUCCUAGAAGGGGUGCGUUAUGCGUCUGCCAACUACCGCAGUGAUACCACACCACUCCAUACACGAAAUGUGAAAAAAAAAGAAAAAAAAAAUUACACGAAAUGACAGACCACUGCCUCAACAAACUCUAAUGGAUUUUAUUGAGGUUUGCAAGGAUGUUUUGAUUCUAGUUGUAAUUUGAGAAGGAAUUUAUCUGAUUAGUAAGAAAACACGAUAAGAACUUGACUCGUCUUUGUGGCCUCUGAGACAGUCUUGGUGAGUGAGCGAAGUGUUUGAGAGUGCAGACUGAAGAAGGUAGUGAGAGUGGGAGGGAGGAUCCACGUUAUACUCGAUACAAAUGAAAAACGGUGUGAUAAUUGAUGUGUAAGUCUUGUGAUUUGUGUCUACCAGUCUUAAGUGUGAAUUCCAUUAGUUAUAGAUGCAACUUUUUGUUUUGUUUACAUUUACCAAAGAAAUUGUCGUAUAGUAUCUCAAAGAUUUUAAAGUAUUUAUCGUUUUGUUUAUAUAUAUAUAUAUAUUCGUCCAGUGAGAUUUUAUUGUUGCUUGAGAGAGAGAGAGAGAGAGAGAGAGAGGUAUCUGUGUUGUGUUUUUUAUUCUUUAUUUGGCUUAGUUUUUUUUUUUAAGAUUUGAUGUUUUUAGCUGCUUUUUGUUCUUAGUUUCUCUCGUGAGCUGAACUUUUCCCAUGACUCGCUCCUUGAAAUUUAAUUGUCUCUUUGUGAUUCAUUGGCAUAGUGGUGCACACACUUUGCCAUCAGCCUAGAAUUGUGUGCAUUUCUUGCCAUGGUCAUCUUGUCUCUUGAUGCAACUUUCCUACUUUUGUACAUUUUGAUUGGUGCGUAUUUCCAUGUGUCUGUCUCCUAGAGUUAAUUUAUAGCUGAAAUUCUUAUGCCUUUGGUCAAGUUUGGCUUUUUUCCACCUUUUGAUGUUAUAUUCCUGCUUUUAUACAUCUUGGUUUGCAUGUACCAGUGUAUUUUACAGUUCUGUGUAUUAUUGGAAUCUUGACAUCACUGGUUAAGUGUGCAUUCUUCAUAUUAUUGGGUCCAUCACGCCUUCUGCAGUGGCUGUGGAGGGAAGCUGAGUAGAGGGAGGGAUGCGGGGCUCACUCCCUCUCCAGCUGUGUUAGUAAAGCCAUGGUCAGAGGUACGGCAAGGUGCACCACAAGGCUUCCCCUGUGCUCUGUGUUCUACCUGUCUUGUCCUCUUGUCUAAGAUUAGAGGAGUUAAGAUGGAGAUAAAGCACUGUGGGUCCUCUUUCCUCAUUAUUCCAUCCACUGCACUGCUGACAUUUCUUCGCUAUGUAUCAAGGCCACUGAUCUAAGAGUGCAUCCAUUGUCAGGAGAGAUUCAGUGGAUUAGAUGAUGUGCUAUUAAGGGAGAGACAGAUUGAGAUAAGCACUGUGUUCCCUCUUCCCUCAGCCUUUCAUCCACUGAUCUGAGAAUGCACCAGGUGUGAGGCAAGGUUCAGUAGAUUGGAGGCUGUGGUGGUGAGGGGACAAGCAGUGUCAGUAGAUCACAAGGGAAGAACACAGUGGGAGUGAGUGUGGGUUAUGUGACCUGGCCAUAACUGUAUUGGCAGAUUGAUUAAGGUUCACAGAGCUUGGUUUGGCUAGAAGGCUUUAUUCUAUGUAAAUAUAUAUAACCUACUUUUUAUUUUUGUAUGUGUGAGCAUGUGUGCGUGUGUGUGUGUGUGUGUGUGAAGUUGAUCUAGAUGCUAUGCAAUGCAAUUUUGUUAAUGAUUUCAGGUGUUGUUAUCUGGUGCAGGGAGUGAGUGUGUGUGAGGUGCUGGAGGAGUGUGGGCUGAGUACCACAGUGAGUUUUGUUUUUCUUAUUGCUUGACGAGCUUCAUGUGCUGCCAAGACGAGACAGACAAGAAACUCGCUCCACAUACUGACACACUUACACUUCAACAAAUACUGGGACAUUCUUGGGGACCCUUAACUUUAUGAGAAUCGCGGAAACUAUUACAAGCUGUGCAUUUGUUGAGACGCCUGGACAUUUUCAAGAUUUUCUCCCCAAGACUUCAUUCCUUCAUGUUUUUUGUCAGUUUCAAGGAAAUUCAACUGCAGCUUCAUCCAUAUACUUCACUUUUUUGUUAAUUUUCAGAAUAUUUAAAGGAAUUAUAAACAGUAACUUAAUUAAACAGCUUUUCCUCAAUCUUGUCAAAUGCCAACAAAUUUAUUCAGUAACUGGACCCCAAGACUUCCUCACUCUACACAGACACAUUGCUGGAGUUGGUAUCACCUUUGUUUUGUUGCGUUAGGCUGCACGUAUGAUCUGAUUACCUUAUCUUACCUUACCUGUCUGAGGUUGUCUUCCUUGCCCUGCCACACCACGAGGGUCAUUAGGUCUUCCCUGUAAAUGUAUGGUGAAUCAAAAUUAUUACUGUUGCUUUCAGGAUGAUUCGGUAUGAGAGGACCUUCUGUGUGUAGGAGCGGCAGUUAAUUAUGUCCUGAGAAGUACCAUGUGUUUAGUUUUUUUUUUUUUUUUUUUUUUUUUUUUUUUAUACCAUGUAGGCUUUUCAUGGAAAUUUAUGGGCUAAAGGGGAUACUUUUUGGGAUACCUCCAAUCUGAAAUCCCACCCGCUAGAAAACUGUUGCCCUGAUUGAGGAAGCCCAACCUACACUCCAACCUUGUGAGAGUUGCAGCUCCCACACUCCCUAUGAAUGUUUGUGUACCUUGUUUUGUUUGUAAAGGUUGAUUUGUUUGUGUCACAGCUUAUUGAGACCAUUUGUUACCUGUACUUAGUCAGGCUUGAGUCAGUUUCUGCAAAGGUUGGUAUCUUGGUUGUAUGAAAGCCUCAUAAAGACCAAUAGUUGUCUGUAUUAGAACAGACUUGCAAAGGUUGACAUCUUGGUUGUAUGAAAGGCCAGGUAGGAUCAUAGGUUGCCUACAGUAUACCUGGUGACACCUGCCAGUUUUGCAGUUUGAAUAACUCACUGGCUGAAAGGCUUGUGAACACUGUGUCACCUGCACCAGGAGUGGACAGGGAUCAAUUAUGCCAAUGAUAGAGUGGCUGCGGCAGCUGUGUAGUGGUGAGCAGCACAAAGGUGAACACAGGUGUGUGUGUGUGUGUCAUCAUAGCUAAGGCAAAGUACAAGCUUAGGUGAUAAUUGGUAAUGCUUUAUUGUAGUCAAUACUGGGAGGGAAUAUAAUUAUAAUUUUCUUUAUUAUAAAGGAAUGAGGAAGAAAGACUUGUAGUACAAUGUUAUGAAAAUGUAAUCAUAUAUAAAAACAUUUUGUGUUUAGGAAGCAUAAGACAGCUGUAAGCUUUUAUAUAUAAAACUAUAAUGCACGAAGCCACAGCGAAAGUAUUUACAGGAGUGUACAUGUAAAAAAAAUAUGUAUAUUACAAGGAAAAAUGUAUGUACUUUUACAUUAACAUAGCUGUGUAAAACUACAUAUAAAAACUAUGCUGUGUAAAACUACAUAUAAAAACAUGUUUGAAAACUUUCUACAAUUGUACUUGUAAGUGGUAGUUGAGGCUGUGGUUACCAAGAUGCACCACACAAGGCUCUGGUGGUGUGUGUGUGUGUGGAGCAACAUCCUGGCUCAUGUUGUUUAUGUCAAGCCAAACUAUUUCUGAGUCCAUGUAACUGUUGUCAGCCUCCAUGACAAAGAGCCACUGUAGCACUGAACUCAAAGCUUUAACUCAGUAACAAAUAUCACUUGUGCAGCUUGUAUUGCUCAAACUGUUAGUGUGAGAGGAGAGAACACCUUCACUACAACAACUGAAAACAAUGUACUAACACAAAACAAUCAGUGAAUAACGUCUCCUCUCGCUCUCUCUCAGGCGAGUCAGUGAGUAUUGUGUGUGUGAGGGGCUGUGGGGAGUGACUGUGGGUUUGUCAACAUACUGUGGGGGGACAUCCUGUGGGUCUGUGGAGAGAGAGAGAGAGAGAGAGAGAGAGAGAGAGAGAGAGAGAGAGAGAGAGAGAGAGAGAGAGAGAGAGAGAGAGAGAGAGAGAGAGAGAGAGAGAGAGAGAGAGACCUCCCCCCAAAGCCACCAGUUUUCCUCCUUGUCAGUCAGUUGUACCAUUGAGUCAUCUUGGAAGUGCUUAUAAGACCUGAGACAUAAAACAUUAAUCACCUCUGCUCCCUAAAAUAUUCCUGCAACAAACCAACACUACUGUCUGUGGAGGGAAGUGGAUCCAGUGUGCUGCAAGGAAUCAGCGCUCCACAGGGUUAUGUGGAGCGACAAGCUUGGAUACAGUGGUGUUCAGUCUCCUUGAAGCACACUGGCCUCUACUUCCCUCCACAAAAACAUAAGUAGUGGAAGAUUGGGUUCUGUGGAGUGAUAAACUUGGAUACAAUCUUCCACUACUACUAAUUCCUGCAUUACCCUCAACACAACUGCUACUGCCUAUGGUGUUCCUGCUUCCAUUACUUCCAAACUCCAACCUCCACUACAGCUAACCACUACUCCUUACUGUCUGUUGGGGUGUUCCUGCCUCCAUCACUUGAAACUCUCCUGAGCCAAGUACAUGUCAGGAGAGCUUGAGUCCUUGGGCAGAUCCUUGGUGGCUUCCCUGGCCUGCAGUGUGGCGGUGACGAGGUCUUCCUGGUUGUCCCGAAUCAGACACAACCUCUCCUUGGCCUCCUCCACCUUGGUCAUGGCAGCAGGAUUCAGGGGGCCAUCCAGGACCUUUCUCUGCUCCUCCAAUGCCUUCUCUAUGUUCUUGAGCUGCGCCUGGCACCGCUUCUUCAUGUAUCGCUCCUGGAACAUUUCGUACAAUGAGCGCCUCUGGUCACGCCUUCCCAUCUUCAAACCUGACUUGCUUCAUCAACAGACAACUGCUAUCAGCUUCCUGUACAACUCAAUUUUUAUCUUGUACGACAAACAUCUCAUGUCGUUAGCUUUUCUAGUGAAAUCCUAUUUAUAUAUUGUAUCAUGAAAUACAAUAAAUAUUCUGCCUGUUA